GAAGUGUUUAGCAUGUUCAGACAACACUUCUGCUUUCUAUGGCUGGGAUACGGAGCCUGUCAUGGCUGUUCUUCAUUCUCAUUUUCCUUUUUGUAGGACUGCAAGGAGAACCAAAGGACACAGCACAAAGUCGAAGGAAGCGGGACAUUAGCAACGACCAGGCUCGUAUGCUGUCAGAUAAUGGCCAUCUUGUCUUCACAACUGGUGACAAUAAAGAGAUCCGCUUCCAGCCUUCAGCAUCAGGCCGGGUCAAAGUGGGUAAUGAAGACCUCACCCAGCUUUUGAGUCAGAUCAAAGUCAACAAAGAUGACAUUGACGACAUUAAGGCUAAUGGAGGAGCCAUUCCCCCAGAUAUCACCAACAAGCUAAACCAGCUUGAUACCAAGGUGUCAACACUGGAGAGCAAAGUGACUGCACUAGAAUCAACAAUCCAGGCGGCUGCUUGCAACAGUAAUCCCUGUCAGAAUGGAGGGACUUGCCUGACUUUAUUAAACUCAUAUCACUGUGUGUGUCCCACCAACUGGGCUGGACCAAACUGUGCGACUGAUGUGAAUGAAUGUCAGGUGUAUUCGGGAACAUUGCAGGGUUGUCAGAAUGGAGCAAGCUGUGAGAACACCCCUGGAUCAUUCACUUGCACUUGUUCUCCAGAAUGGUCUGGGAAUCUCUGCACUGAGCGUUACGAUGACUGCAGGAAUGCAGGACAGGACCUUUGUGUACAUGGCAUAUGUAUUGAUGCAGACCGUGUUGUAACUGGACAGCCCAAAUACCAGUGCGUUUGUGAGAGUGGCUGGCAGGCUUCCACUGACAGCCCAGCAUGUGUGGCUGAUGUUAACGAGUGCAACCUCCCCAACAAGCCCUGUUCGACUAACCCUCUGGUUGACUGCUACAACACUCAGGGUUCCUUCUACUGUGGAGCCUGUCCCGCUGGUUGGCAAGGCAACGGCUACAGCUGUCAAGACGUGAACGAAUGUUUGACCAAUAACGGCGGCUGCUCCACUACUCCAGUGGUGCAGUGCCUUAACACCAUGGGCUCCUUCCACUGUGGAUCCUGCCCUCCAGGUUACGAGGGAGAUGGGAGAACGUGCACGCAGACCAGUAUCUGUUCUGCCAACAAUGGAGGCUGUCACCCAUUAGCUACUUGCUCCUCAAGCCCAGGUUCAAGCCUUCCUGUAUGUACCUGCCCACCAGGCUACACAGGUAACGGUUAUGGACCAACUGGGUGCACUGAAACCAGCAACGUUUGUGAGACCAACAACCCCUGUGUUAACGGGCAGUGUGUGGGGACCACCUCAGCUCCUGGAUACAUUUGCAAAUGCAACUCUGGCUGGGAAGGAGUAAACUGUGACCAGGAUAUCGAUGAAUGCUCAAGCAACCCCUGUCAACAUGGAGGAACCUGCAGCGACGGCGUUAAUGGAUUCACAUGUACCUGCACUGCCCAGUGGACUGGCCUGUUCUGCCAGACCGCACAGCAAGUGUGUGGAGGUUACCUGACUGGCCCUGCUGGUUCCUUCAGUUACCCCAACACCCCAGGUCAAGAUCAGUACGAUCACCAGGUCAGCUGUGCGUGGGUGAUCCAUAUCGAUGCAAACAAGAUCCUGCGUAUUACCUUUCCUUUCUUUGAUAUCGAGAGCAGUACCACGUGCCAAUAUGACUUUCUCCAGAUUCAUGAUGGCGAAAGCGCCUCAGCUUUUAUGCUUGGAAAAUACUGCGGUCGAAAUAGCCCAAAGGAGCUCUUCAGCUCCCACAAUUCCCUCUAUUUUUGGUUUCGCUCUGACCAAGUGGCCAAUGCAGGUGGCUUCACAGUUGCUUGGGAGUCUCAGGACCCAGUGUGUGGUAGUGAACUAACUGCCCCCUAUGGCAGCAUUAACUCACCUGGUUAUCCUGGAAACUACCCACCUAACCGGGACUGCUACUGGACAGUGACAGUGGACCCCGGCCUUCUCAUUACCUUUGCAUUUGGGACUCUAAGUCUGGAACAUCACCCUGACUGCAGCAAUGACUACCUUGAGAUCCGGGAUGGUCUUCGACCCGAAGACGGAGUUUUGGGCAAAUACUGCAGCACAGGAUCACCACCCCCCUUGAAGACCACUGGCCCAGCUGCAUGGAUCCAUUUUCACUCUGACCAUGUUACGUCUGACCGAGGCUUCCACAUUACAUACACAACAUCACCAAGUGAUGCAGGUUGUGGCGGUACAUUCACAGAAAGUGAGGGCGUCAUCAUUUCCCCCAACUGGCCCAACGACUAUACUCAUAACCGCCAGUGUAUCUAUUUAAUCAAGUUGCCAGAGGGUGAGACGGUGGCCCUCAACUUUACUAACAUGAGUCUGGAGAGUCAAGGCAACUGCACUUUUGACUAUGUGGAGGUACGUGAUGGUAGCAUGGAGACUGAUCCUCUGAUAGGGAAGUACUGUGGGAGCUCCAUACCAGCUCCUAUUCACUCAUCUUCCAACUAUCUGUGGAUUCGCUUCAGAUCUGACAGCACUGUCAGCCAUGCUGGUUUCAGGGCGGUCUACACCGUUGGUUGUGGAGGAAUUUUAUCUGGAUCUGGACGGCUUCACUCUCCUUUCUACCCUAACCCCUAUCCCCACAACAAGGUCUGCGAAUGGGUCAUUAACCAGCCAGAGGGCUAUGUGGUCACUCUCAACUUCCUGUCAUUUGCCAUUGAAGAAGGAACUUGCCAUUAUGACCAUGUUCAGGUGAGGGAUGGCUCCACCUCAAGCUCUCCUUUGCUGGGGACAUUUUGUGGAAUUGAGAUUCCCCCCAGGCUGCAAACCACUCAGAGAUCCAUGUACAUCCAAUUCCGGACCGACUCCUCUGAAAACAACUUUGGUUUUGAAGCAGUCUAUGGCUCUGUCGUAGAGGGCUGUGGUGCUACUCUGACCAGCCCCUCAGGCACUAUUACAAGCCCUGGCCACCCCAACAACUACCCCCAUGGUGUCAACUGUACGUGGUACAUCAAUGUUGUCCCCGGCAACUUGAUUCGACUGUCGUUUGAGUCGUUCAACCUGGAGUACCAUGAGAACUGUAACCAUGAUUACGUAGAGGUCUACGACAAUGGCACCGUGGAGACUGGAAACAAAAUUGGCAGGUACUGUGGACGUGCCGUGCCUCCAUCCAUCACGAGUACCGACAACCAACUUGCCCUGCUGUUUGUGUCUGACACCAGUCUGAACACAGAGGGAUUCUCUGCCAGCUACGUCUCUCUUAAUGCCUCCACAGACUGUGGCGAGUCCUUCACCUCCCCUACAGGGUCCUUUUCUUCACCCAACUAUCCAGACUUCUACCCCACCAGCAGAGACUGUAUCUUCAAGAUUACUGUGCAGGUCAACAUGCAGAUUCUUCUGAACUUCACAGAUUUUGACAUGGAGGGCGCCCCACCUGCUUGCAACUUUGACUUUGUGGAAAUCAGGGAUGGUGGUUAUGAAACGUCUCCCCUGAUUGGUAAAUUCUGUGGUACCCAGAAACCUCCAGUCCUAGUGUCCCAUAGCAAUCGUUUAUGGGUUAGAUUCCGCUCUGAUGCUAUCGUCUCGAUGCGUGGAUUCACCGCCCACUGGGAUGGAACACAAACUGGCUGUGGAGGGGUUCUGACAACUGCAACUGGAGCAUUGUCUUCUCCUAACUACCCGCUGCCCUACCACCCCAACGCUGAGUGCUACUGGACCAUCAGAACCAGCCAGGGCAGCCGACUUCUUCUGUCUUUUUCCGAUUUCCACCUGGAGGCCAGCAUCAGUUGCUCUUAUGAUUAUCUGGCUGUGUAUGAUGGUGACAGCAGCAGUGAUCCAGAACUGGCCAAGCUGUGUGGCAAUCAGCUGCCCAGUGCCAUCAACUCUUCUAGCAAUGAGCUCUACCUCAAACUCCGUGCAGACCACACUGUUGGCACCGGAGGCUUCCUAGCAUCCUACACCACCAAAUGUAAAGACAUCCUAAUCUCAGGCCGACACAGUGGAGUGGUGGAGUCUCUGAACUUUCCCAACAAUUACCCAGAAAACUCCCGAUGCAGCUGGACUAUCGAGGCAAGCCCUGGAAAUACCAUCAAUUACACUUUUACUGCCUUCCAGCUGGAGACGACCAGCAGCUUCUGUAGCUAUGACUACAUCAAGCUCUAUGAUGGGCCGGACCAGCAAUCCCGUCUGAUUGGUACAUUCUGUGGAAGCACCCCACCACCAGCCAAUAGCACCACAAGCUCAGCCCUCACCCUGACGUUCAACACAGACUCCUAUUUGUCCAUGUCUGGCUUCCAGAUGAUGUGGGUCCAGAAUGGUUGUGGCGGGGACCUCUCUGGCCCCAGCGGCUUCUUCAGCAGCCCAGGCUACCCGACUGGGUAUCCAGAAAACAGAGAGUGCUUCUGGUAUAUCACCACAUCACCUGGCAGCAGUAUUACCCUGACCAUCCAUGAGUUUGACGUGGAGUUCCACCAGGACUGCAACUAUGAUGUUUUAGAAGUGUAUGGAGGCCCAGACACAUCAGCCCCUCAGCUAGCAAAACUCUGCAGCACCACAUUAAACCCAAUGCAAGUCUCCAGCACUGGCUACCUGCUCACAGUGCGCUUCAAGUCUGAUGCCUACAACAGCGGCCGAGGAUUCAAUGCAAGCUGGGCUGAAGCCGAAGGAGGCUGUGGAGGUCCUGUCACGGCUCCAUCAGGGGAGAUCCAUUCUCCUUCGUACCCAAACAACUAUCCCCACAAUGUGGACUGUUCAUGGGUCAUCAUGGUAGAUCCAAGCCAUCGUGUUUUAUUGAACAUCACAGACAUGGACAUAGAAUUUCAUGGCGACUGCUCCUUCGACUACAUAGCAAUCUAUGAUGGUCCAACAGCAUUUUCUCCCCUGCUUGCCCUCGUGUGUGGUACCAGUAUUCCUCCCCCCAUCACCUCCACCCAGAACACCAUCUAUGUUCGCUUUAGGUCAGACACCACGAACACCCGCCGUGGUUUCAGUGCUCACUUCUCUGAGGCUUGUGGAGCAACCAUUAUAGCAGACGAUGUUGGUGGAGCCAUUGCCUCACCAAGGUACCCAACAUUAUACCCACCCAAUCAGGACUGCAGCUGGAUCAUCAGAGCACAAGAACCAUUCAACCAUGUGACUCUGUCAUUCACUGACUUUGAGGUAGAGAUGAUCUACUCCAACUGCUCAAAUGAUGCUGUGGAGAUCCUUGAUGGAGACAACGACGAUGCACCGUCCAUAGGGCGCUACUGUGGCUCUGAAGUACCUCACCCAGUGACGUCCUUCAGCAACGCAUUAGUGGUCAAGUUCACCUCUGAUCACUCUGUCCCUAAAAGAGGAUUCAGAGCUACCUACUCAGCCUCCACCUCCGGCUGUGGAGGAGAUCUGGUGAUGGAGAGUGGUGCAUUCAACAGUCCUAACUAUCCAGAUCCUUAUCCAGCUAAUGUGGAAUGUGUGUGGACCAUCACAAGUUCUCCAGGAAAUCGUGUCCAGCUCUCAUUUAUUGUAUUUCACCUACAAGGAGACUCUGGCUGUCAAAACGACUAUCUGGAAAUCAGAGAAGGCACCUCCACUGGGCCUUUAGUUGGUCGCUUCUGUGGAGACUCGCUCCCCUCCAACUACACCUCUGUGGUUGGUCACAUCCUGUGGGUUAAGUUUGUCUCAGAUGCAUCAACUAGUGGAGCAGGAUUUAGAGCCACCUUCUCACACUUGUAUGGUAUUGAUGUGGUGGGGGAGUCUGGUCAGAUAGCGUCCCCACUGUAUCCCAGGACAUAUCCAAACAAUGCAGACUACCGGUGGACCAUAACUGUGGACGGGGACAGCUACAUCCAGAUCCGCUUCUUGGACAUGGACAUUGAGGACCUGUAUGACUGCUACUAUGACCAACUGAAAAUAUUUGAUGGCCCUACUGUUGAUUACUACCCCCUUGGGACCUUCUGUGGUGUGGCCCUGCCCCAUCUUCUGAGAAGUACAGGAAGCACUGUCACCCUGGAGUUCCGAUCGGAUUCAUGGCACGGAGGACGUGGCUUCCUUGUGGAAUGGACGGCUGUGCAGAACUCUGGACCACCACCCACUAUCGCACCAGGUGCAUGUGGUGGACAGCUAAUGGCAGCAGAGACUCCCGGCUUCCUCUUUUCUCCUGGCUGGCCUGAGAACUACCCUCCCUAUCAGGAGUGUACCUGGCUGAUCCGUUCUCCAAACUCAAUUGUAGAGUUUAACUUCUUUUCUGUUGACAUAGAAGACUACCCCAGCUGCUUCUCUGAUAACGUUGUUAUCAGAGAUGGUCCAACCAGUCUAUCCCCUAUCCUGGCCAAAGUGUGUGGUCGAGAUCCUCCAGGUUCUCUCCACUCAACAGGAGACUCCAUGUACAUCCACUUCUCCUCAGACGGCCUGAUCAGUGGCGGGGGGUUUAAUGCCUCCUACUCCAAAGGUUGCGGUGGAUUACUACAUGUAGACAGAGGAGCGUUGAGUAGUCCUCGCUACCCUCAGAACUACCUGCCUGGUCUCAACUGUAGCUGGCAUGUGAUGGUGACACCUGGCUUUAAGAUUUCUGUCACCUUCCAAAGCCCCUUCCAGAUUCAAGGCUUUGGAACUGCAUGCAGCACAGGAGACUACCUAGAGGUCAGGAAUGGUCCGGAUGCGUCAUCUCCACUACUUGGACAACGGAUCUGUGGUGCAAGUCCCCCGUCCCCCCUCCAGACUACUGACAACCAUCUUUUUAUCAACUUUGUCUCUGAUGCCAAUGAUGAGGCCAGCGGUUUUAAGCUGACAUUUGAAGCCCACAGUCAGGCGUGUGGAGGCGUCAUUGGGUUGAAUGAUUAUGAUCCUCCAGGAUACAUCACUUCACCUAAUUAUCCUCAGAACUACCCCCAGAACAUCGACUGCAUCUGGGUGAUCACUGUGCCUAACGGAGAAGCUGUCCGACUUGAUUUUGAGGAUGAAUUCUACAUUGAGCACACAGAGAGUUGUCUGUAUGACUACUUGGAGGUGCGUGACGGUGCAUCAUCCAACUCUGACCUGAUUUCCCGGCUCUGUGGCAACACCCGACCAUCUACCCAACAUUCAACGGGUUCCUCCAUGCGACUCAGGUUUCGUACUGACACCAGCUAUACACACAAAGGGUUCAAGGCAAAGUACUCAAUAGCAAUAUGUGGUGGUACCUACAUAGGCCAGAGUGGUUCAAUACACAGUCCUGGUUUCCCAGGAUCCAGCUACCCUGAUAGCUCCAGCUGUGAGUGGUACCUGGAGGGGCCCACAGGACACUACCUCACUGUCAGUUAUGAGAGCUUCAACCUACAGACCAGUCCAUCGUGCUCUAAUGACUAUGUGGAGAUCAGAGAGUACAAUGCCUCAGGGCGCCUACUGGGCCGACACUGUGGCAAUGACCUACCAGCUUCCUUGGACACGUCUGACAGUUUUGCCUACGUCAAGUUUGUCAGCGAUGCCAGCGUAACAGCAGCUGGCUUCAAGCUGUUGUUUGAAGCCAGCGUUGAAGUCUGUGGAGGUGAGCUGAAUGCUCCCUCGGGGACCAUCUCCUCUCCCAAUUACCCUAACCUAUACCCACACAGUCGGGUCUGUCGAUGGGAGCUGGUAGUGGCAGAAGGUCGCAGGGUUACACUCACCAUUGAUGACUUGCGGCUAGAAGGUUCUGGUACUUCCUGUUUCUAUGACUACGUUGAUGUAUUAAACGGCCUGGCGGCUGAUGCUCCUCGACUGCAGAGAUUUUGUGGUUCAGUACAAGCGGGUACUCGGGUGCGCUCCUCUGGCAACACCAUGGCUAUUGUGUUCCGCACAGAUGCUUCUACAUCCAAUGGUGGCUUCACGGCUUCUUACUCCUCUGACGAGCCUGCAGAGUGUGGUGGAGUCCUGGACAACCCAGCAGGCGGGAACUUCACUUCCCCUGGUUACUUGGUCUCCAACUACAGCAACAAUCUCAACUGUGAGUGGCUGAUUCAGAACCCACAACACAUCAAUUCCUCUGUUGUGUUGCUGAUAGAAGACUUGCACCUGGAAAACCAUCAGACCUGCGGGUACGACUACCUCCAGAUCCGUUUAGGUGACUCAGAUGGGGAGCUGUUGGCUAAGUUUUGUGGGCAAUCCACCCCCACAAUUCCUAUUGUGGUUUUUACCCCAGAGCUCUGGGUCCAUUUCAGGACUAAUGCUGUACAUGGAGAUGUGGGUUUCAAGGCCACGUACUUGUUCUCUGAAUGUGGAGGCUUGCAGACAGGCCAAGGAGGGAUAUUAGCCAGUCCUAACUACCCCAGCAACUAUCCCAGUCCCAGUCGCUGUGCUUGGCUGCUAGAGGCUCCAGUGGGUCACACAAUUAAGAUAACCUUCAGCUACUUUAAUUUGGAACCCCACGACACAUGUAGCUGGGACUCUCUCACAAUCUUCAAUGGAGGAUCCCCUGGUUCGCCCAUUAUUGGCCAGUAUUGUGGCACUACAUCCCCAGGAAUCGUCCAGUCAGGGUCCAACAAAGUUGCUGUAGUUUUCCUGGCUGACCAUCUUGUUUCCAAAGGAGGAUUUCUGGCCUCCUGGUCUGCUGAUUCUUCAGGCUGUGGAGGGGUGAUCCAUGCUGAUUCAGGAACAAUCAAAUCUCCAAACUAUCCUCAGAACUUCCCAGUCAAUGUGGAGUGCUCUUGGCAUAUCAUUACCAAUGAGGGAAACCACUUGGAGAUGAGCUUCAACAGUGAUUUCCAGAUUCCAGACAGCACUGGGACCUGCCAGAGCAGCUAUAUCAAGGUGUGGUCAGGUCGUACCCAAAACAGUGAGAAUCUGCUGUCGACAGGCUGUGGCUCAGCAGCUCCGGGACAAGUCAUUGCUCCAUAUAACAUCAUCACGAGCCGAUUCCAGUCCUCUGAAACUCCUGGCAAAGGAUUCUCAUUCUCUUUCAGCACAAGGUGUGGUGCAAACUUCACAACUUCCAUCGGUCGUGUGGUUUCUCCUAAUUAUCCAGCUGACUACCCUCUCAACUCCAAUUGCGACUAUGUCAUAGAUGCUGGAGAACAGACUGUGGUUGUCCUCAACUUUCAGCAGUUCCAAAUAGAAGCGCACUCCAUCUGUCUGUAUGAUGGUCUGAAGAUCUAUAACUUGGACAAUAAUGGAACUGCUAUUACCACUUUGUGUGGCUCCAGCAUCCCAGGACCCGUCGUCACCUUUGGCCCCAUGUUGCUCAACUUCUACUCUGACGAAGUGAUCUCCAAGGCUGGCUUCAUGGCAGAAUACAGAACCAUUCCGUGUGGUGGUUAUUUCAACGGCGCUGCAGGUACAGUGAGCAGUCCAGCACUCUCCAUAGUCAACUACCACCACAACAUCAACUGUACUUACCAUAUCGUGACCGGAGCCAACACGGUGGUCGAUCUCAAGUUUAACACCUUCAGUCUGGAGACAUCUUCUUCCUGUCGCUAUGACUAUGUGGCAGUCUAUGAUGGACAAGACACCUUGGCACCCUUGCUGGGAAGAUUCUGUGGUCCAGUGCUUCCACCUGAUCUGCGCUCCACCACCAACCAGAUGUUCAUUGUCUUUAGGACAGAUGGAACAGUAAAUGGGAUUGGCUGGAGAGCUACUUACCAUGAAACCCUUGGUCCAGAGCAGGGAUGUGGUGGCUACAUGUCCAUGCCCAUGGGUAUGUUUGGUUCUCCAGACCCAAACCGAGAUGGCUUCUAUGAGCCUAACAUGAAUUGCCUAUGGACUAUUGAGGCACCGGUCAACAAGGCAAUCAAUCUGACCUUCAGCUCCUUUCAGCUUGAGCUCGACUCUACCUGCCGCCACGACUAUGUCAGCGUGUAUGAUGGUGACAACAUUAACUUUCCUCUGGUUGGGGCAUUUUGUGGAAGCUCCAUUCCUGCUUUCUUUAUAUCAAGUGGAAACUUCCUGACUGUUCGCUUUGUUAGUGAUGGCUCAGUGCAGCGGCCAGGCUUCAAUGCUACCUACAGAGCUAUACCAUUGGACUGCGGUGGGACUCUAAAUGCCACGACCACGAACCAAACCUUGACCACGCCCUCCUUCCCUGGUGCCUAUCCAGCUUACACCUCCUGUCGCUGGAUACUGGAUGCUCCAGUCCAGGAAACCAUCAAAGUGUCCGUCCAAACGUUUGUCCUCCAGCCCAGCCAGAGCUGCUCCGAAAAUUACCUCGACAUGAAGGAUUGGCCUGUGGGAGAUUACGGGCAGUCACAUAAGUUCUGUGCAUCAGACAGACAUCCACCGGACUUCUACAGUUACGGCAGAACGAUGCUGAUACACUUUAAAUCUGACCACUUCAUGACAGGAAAUGGCCUCAGUUUCACCUAUCAGAUUGCUGGUUGUAGCCGAACCUAUGAACAGGAAUACGGUUACCUGAAGAGUCCAGGCUGGCCUGCCACUUACCCCCAAAACAUGGAUUGCACCAUAAUCUUAAAGGCACCACAGGACAGCUACAUCUCCUUCUUCUUUAACAGCUUUGAUCUAGAGAGCCACGUUGACUGUCGUUUAGACUAUGUGGAGGUCCGUAAUGGCAGUACAUCAGACUCACCACUGAUUGGUCGGUUCUGUGGCAGCACCCUGCCUAGCCCCAUCUUCCCACAAUCCAACCUGCUUCACUUACACUUCAAGAGCGACUUUUCUUACUCCCGAAAUGGCUUUGAGGCCACAUGGACAUCCUCUCCUCAAGGUUGUGGUGGAAUUCUGUAUGGAGACCACGGCUCAUUCUCCAGUCCCAACUACCCAGGAACCUAUCCCAAUAACACUCACUGUGAGUGGAGCAUCAUGGCUCCCAGAGGUCACGUGGUGACUGUCACCUUUGCCCAGAUCAAUAUUGAUGACCCUGGAGAUUGUCAGAAAAACUUCUUGAAGUUGUAUGAUGGACCGGACGCCUCUUCACAGCCAGUUGGGCCUUACUGUGGAAUGGAAAACAACAUCGCUCCAUUCACUGCCUCCUCCCACCAUGUCCACAUCGUUUUCCAAGCCCAGUACUCCACUCUGCCUUCAGGGUUCAGACUCACCUGGAGCAGCUGAAAGAAUGUCCUCCUACAGAAACACACUUCUUCAUCACAUUUAAAUGUAAAGAUUUACUGUGCAUUUUCUAUGCAAAGCAAUGUAAUUAAUAAAUCUAUUGUAUGUUUGAAUAAAUACAUGAAUCUACAAGUAAAAA